AGAUCCUGCAGCAGCAGACAUCUCCAUCUAGCCGUGCGCAAUAAUUGAAAUGGCGCAUUUGGCUGCGGGCGGACUGUGAGGGCGCGCGCUGAAUGAUGUCCAGACGUCAUUUGUUUUUAAUGGCCUCCAGGAAAUUUGCCAUUACGAUUCUCGCAGACAUUCGAGCACAGAGAGGAGCGAGGGGGAAAGCGUUGCAUGCAUGAGCACCAGAUCCAGAUUUUCGCUUUGCAAAAAGAAAACUCGUCUUCUAUCGCCACUUUAUCAACAAGUUUAAGUGCGCCUCCUGCUUUCGCGAAGAGACUUUUACUCGUUCGGGGAAAGGAAAAUGCGUUGCCUCUGUGAAAGAGCCUCGGGGAAUAUUACAUCAGACGAAAUGACAAUGAUUAAAAUCAGCCUUUCUGCCUCUCCAAAGUCUCAGGAACUGCGUGGUGACACUUGCCUGAUGCGUAAACCGUUAUACGCUGAACUUUAAACCCUCACCAGCUAUUUUUACUUUGCGAAAGAGCUAAGCGAGGCUAAAUAAAUAUCGGGUUUGCAUCUGUUCCAAUGAGUCUGCUCGGGUUUGAGUUAAUUGUCCUCUAAUCCCGUGGUCCCAGAGGCGUUUGCGCAGCCUGGAGCCAGAAUUCUUCUCUCGGCUCUGCUCUGAUUUGGAGACGGAUUAUUGGCUUCCUUCUGCCCAUAAGCACAGCAGCAGAUUCACCGUGGCCAAGAAAGACAGUGGAGAGGCUGAUAUACGCGACCGAAUCAGAGUAUUAAGAAAUAAGAAGAUCAAGAGGACGAAGGAGAGCUCUGGUCUCGUGGAGAAGGAAGGGAGAAGCAUGUCACGUCUGUCUCUGACCCGGUCUCCGGUCUCUCCUCUGGCCGCGCAGGGGAUUCCACUGCCGGCUCAGCUCACCAAAUCCAAUGCACCCGUUCACAUCGACGUGGGUGGCCACAUGUACACCAGCAGCCUGGCGACCCUCACCAAAUACCCAGACUCACGGAUCAGCCGCCUGUUUAACGGAACCGAGCCCAUCGUUCUGGACAGUUUGAAGCAGCAUUACUUCAUCGACAGGGACGGAGAGAUUUUCCGUUAUAUUCUCAGUUUCCUGCGAACAUGCAAACUGCUGCUGCCGGAUGACUUUAAGGACUUCAGUCUCCUGUACGAGGAGGCGCGUUAUUACCAGCUGUCCCCGAUGAUCAAGGAGCUGGAGCGGUGGAAGCAGGAGCGCGAGCAGAGGCGUCUGGCACAGCCCUGCGACUGCCUGGUGGUCCGCGUGACCCCUGACCUCGGCGAGCGCAUCGCCCUCAGCGGGGAGAAGGUGCUCAUCGAGGAGAUCUUCCCUGAGACCGGCGACGUCAUGUGUAACUCGGUCAACGCUGGCUGGAACCAGGACCCGACCCACGUCAUCCGCUUCCCUCUGAACGGCUACUGCAGACUGAACUCGGUGCAGGUGUUGGAGCGUCUCUUCCAGAAGGGUUUCAGCGUGGCUGCGUCCUGCGGCGGCGGCGUGGACUCGUCUCAGUUCAGCGAGUAUGUUCUGUGUCGCGUGGACAGGAGGAGUCAGUCAAACACACCCAUCAGGAUAAAGCAGGAGCCGCUGGACUAGAGACACACGCUCAGGCCCUCGGCCCCUCGACACACACACACACACACACACACUCAGCGUUUAUACAGGGAAUGUAAGCGAACUGCAUCAGAAACCCAAAGAACUCCAUCAGGAAAUGAGUCCCGCCCUCUUCCACCCAAACAACCAAUCAGAGAUCAUCCUCACGCAUACGGAAUGCAGGCUCCGCCCCUCUGCCAGUGCAGUGUGUGUGUCAUGAUCUUAUGAUGAUUCCGGUGCAGUGCUCACAAACAAACAAAAACGCCAUCAUCAGGGGCCGGGGGUUCAUUUUUUGGAUUGUUUUUCAUUUCUUCAAGACGUUUUUCACUCCCUAUAGCACCAUGGUGUAUGCAGUUAUCAGUACUAGGCUGGAGUCUUGUGUUUAUUUCUUUUGUUACAUGAAGGAUGAUGGGAGGGGCGUUCUGAAGGCACUACGACUGAGAGACUUACCUGGCAGGAACACGCUAUUACGCCCUCGGGCCGCGUGGCCGAGCAGUCUGGGGUUUAAUGCAUUUGCUGCUGAAGGUUUCUUUGUUUAAAGGAGCUGCAAGUAAAUGUGGCUGUUUCUGAAGCCAGAGCAUUAAGCAUAUCCUUAAACAUCUGAAUGAAACGAGUUCUGAACUAUACUGUACCUAUACAAUGAGUCGUGUGUGUCAAGAACAAAAUGUAAGGAGCUCGAGGUAAAACAUGGACUGAUGAAGACGUGUGUGUGUGUGUGUGUACCGUACGUUUGCACUUAAUUGUGUCGUGAAAACAAGCCGCAUGCGUGUUUAAAGAUUCAGUGGAAAUUGACUUGAGUUGACAGAAUGAGGGUACCAACCAUGAUGCAUUAAUUUUUAAACCAUCUUUGCGAAUGAACAGUUGUUAUUCAUCAGCCCAGUUUUAGUCUGAAGUUGUCCGUUUUCUAUUUUGAUGUCGAAAUGUGUUCGGAUGCGGAGUAAACGGUGGAUGCGUUGUAUAAAAGGUCACUGAUUUCA